CGUUCCGGGCAACCUGUUCAGUUUCUGGUACAACAGCAUUAUUUGACAUCGCCAGAAGGAGCUGCUACUCUAAAACAGAGCAACGUAAGAACCGGUUUACGCCCCGUUUUUGACUGCUAAACUGACCGUACGAUGCAGAACCUACGGAAUUUUCCUGAAGAUGCCGGCAGUCUGCUGGCACUUAGCAUUGUGCAAGUCCUGUUGGCAAUUGCGGGAUUCGCCGCAAAUCUCUACAACUUUUUCUACGGACUUCUGUUUUCUGCCCACAUUUUUCCGGUGAUGCAAACGCUGGCCUUCGUCUUCUUUACGAUCCCAUUGUAUGGGAUGCAGCUGUUAUGGGGUGUCGGCUCGGUGGUGGCAUGUGUGCGAGUGUUUUGUGGCAACAGAAAUUUAAUGUUCGUCGGAGAAGAUCGGGAGAUUAGUAAUUGCGUUGGCCGAGCCUGUGUCGUGUACCUGUUCCUCAUGGUUAUUGUAUGGUUCUUCGCGGUCGCUUCUGGCGCCCAGCCCUUCGUUGCUUCGCUUGGCAUGUGGGGCUCAGUCCACCACGCGUUCCAGACCGAUCUUACCGGACAUCUGGUCAUGCUGGGAAUGGUUCUCGCGCUAAUUGCCGGUAUAGUCGUGGAAGAGCUUGUCAUCUCGCGAAGUGUUUCCGUCGGAAACGAUCUCAUCUACAUCGAUAAUAAUCACAAGCUUCUUGCCCGAGUCGAAGAACAAACCGGGUCACCGCCACCGGAGACCGUCUAAAUGGGGACCGCGAUCCAGAACCAAGGUGCCCAUUAAGCCGUUAUUUGGAGCCAUGGUUCCACCGCUGAGUUUGCCGUUGAUAACCCUAAGAAGGAAUAUUUUACGAUAUUACUGCUUGCACUGUACUAUGAACAUUUCAGCUUUAAAAUGCGAGAAUAGAAUGCACCAGGCGUUUCCAUUCAGUACAUAAUUGUGCACAACAUCAAUAUAACCACAUCGCCUUUUAAUUACGCCUUUUGUUUUCCGUAAAUUUAAUUUUGUUGUUUGCGAUUUGGCUUUUCAUUCCUACGGUUGGUAGUUUAAUAAUUUAUUAUGACCAGCGUUAUA